AUGCAGACUGUAGAGUUUGCCCAUCAACAUGAUAUUGCAAUAUUGACAAUAUCUGAAACGUGGCUUAAUUCGUCAGUAACCAACCGAGUAAUUGACAUUCCGGGAUAUAAGUUAUAUAGACUUGGUCGUAAAUAUAAGAAAGGAGGCGGCGUGUGUGUCUAUUUGCGUGAUAGUCUUAAGGCAAAAUUAUUGAAGUCUCUGUCCCAAAUAAAUGAACCGGGAUUCCAUCAGCUUUGGCUCACGGUGCAGCAUGCCAAAUUAAAAUCAAUUAUUGUGUGCGUUGCGUAUCGCCCUCCAGAUUGUCAGCCGACUUGUUUCGUGAACGAUUUGACGCCUGCACUUACAAGUGCAUUGGCCGUCGGUAAAGAAAUAUUUAUUGCUGGCGACCUAAAUUGUAACAUGCUAUCGGAUUGUGUUGAAUCAGCCAAACUUAGAGAAUUUUGCAAUACCUUUAAUUUGACUCAAUUAAUCUCUCAACCUACGCGAGUUACAGCCCAUUCUAGCACUCUCCUUGACGUGAUACUAACUACGAACAAUGACUUGGUUAGCAAGAGUGACGUUAUAUGUACUGAUAUCAGUGAUCACUUUCCU